UCAUAAGUUUGCCCCUUCAUUUGUAUUUCCUUGGGUUUUGGAAAGUUUGGUGAUCAUAAUUUCUAGAUUCCUAACCUUAUACUACUUCCCAAAAAGUCUUAUUCAGAUUCCCCUUCUUGAUGCAAGAAAAAACCACUUUCUCAUCAUUUUUACCAAGAAAACAGAACUAGCUAGGCUGCCAUUUGUAAUUUGUAUUUGUAGGUGAACAAGAAAACAUGAGCAGAGAAAUGGGAUUUCUUUCUCCUCUUCCUGAAGAAACAACAUACCUUAGAAACUCAAAUUGGUUAUUUGAGGAAAACAAGGGAACAAAUUGGACAGUUGAAGAGAACAAGAUGUUUGAGGACGCGCUCGCGUUGUUUGAUAAGGAAACUCCUGAUAGAUGGUAUAACGUAGCAGCAAUGAUCCCCGGAAAGACGGUGAAUGAUGUGAUCAAACAGUAUAGAGAAUUGGUUGAUGAUGUUACUGAUAUUGAAGCUGGAUUAAUACCAGUACCUGCUAGCUACAUGACUACAACUAGCUGUACUACUCGUUCAUUCACAUUGGAUUGGAUCAAUCAUGAUCAAGAAAUAGGCGCCUUCCACGACUUUAACAAGCGAUUCCAUGGUCCAUCUCAUGGCAAGAGAAACACAUCAAAUCGAUCUUCUGAAUACGAAAGAAAAAAAGGAAUCCCAUGGACCGAGGAAGAACACAGGCAAUUUCUGUUGGGGCUGAAAAAGUACGGAAAAGGUGAUUGGAGAAAUAUAUCUCGCAAUUUUGUGACUACAAGAACUCCAACACAAGUAGCGAGUCAUGCUCAGAAGUAUUUUAUUAGACAAAUUUCCGGGGGUAAGGACAAGAGAAGAUCAAGUAUACAUGACAUUACCACUGUCAAUCUAACAGAAAUGAAAGAGAAUCAUACAUCUUCUAAUUCCCCCGAAAACUCUGUUCCAUCUCCACAAAAACAGCACAAUUUGUCAAAUCAAAAAUCAUAUAUAGGUUUCAAAACAUAUGGACUAAAAUUGCAUCAACGUCGAAUGCAUAGUGUUAUUCUGCAGGGACUUCAGUUUGAUCAGUACAAUACUAUGUGAUAUCGAUAUUUCUAAAGAAAAAAACACGCGCUGCUCUGCCUGAUCAACCAUCUGCUGUCUUUUUUCAAGUGUGUUAGAAGUUUGAUUAAAGUAUGUUGGAAGAUUAAGAUAAUUAUGCAGCUGCUGCGAUGAUUGAUACAGUUCAGCACGCAAAUGUACGAGAUGUAGAGGUUCAGUGAGAAGGCUGAGGACUGUUUCGUGUUAAUAUUACUGGUAAUUCGAGAUGGUUAGCAAUAAGUCAAGUAAUUAAAGUUCCUUGAGAAAAAUUGUGGUUGUUUUAGUUUGUAGUAUUUCCUUUGUUUUCAUUUCUGUAGAAGAAGCACUAUUUUCAUCAUUCAUAUCAUCUUGUUCUUUUGCUCAUUGUUACUAUAAGGGAAAGGAAGAAAAAAUGCGAUUAGCAUUA